UCAUAUAUCUUACUUUUUGCGGUCGUGUUUAUAAUAAACAUUGAUUAUAACAUACAUCAAAAUACGUAUACUAAUUAACAGUGAAUUUUUAUUCUUAUUUCGUUUCGCGCUUAUUAUUAAUACUUCGAUUUAAUUGUUCGUCCAUCGAGUGGUUUAGCAACUCUGAUCAUUAGUCGACAUUAUGGAAUCUAAUGGUAAAACCGAAGAUGAAACCGUAGUUGCUCCGGUCAAGGAAGAUGCUCCUGCAAAUCUUGAUUCUAAAAUAGUUAAACAACUUGGAUUUUAUUUUAGUGACACAAAUUUACCAUAUGAUAAAUUCUUGCAAAACGAAAUUAAAAAUGACAAUGGUUGGGUAAAAAUCAGUGUAUUAUUAACAUUUAAAAGGUUAGCAUCCAUAUCUAAUGACCCAAAAGUUAUUGCUUCUGCAGUUAAAAACGCUACAGAUAGUAUUUUAGAAGUUGAUGAGACCGGUGAAAAAAUUAGACGUACUCCUGACAGUGUUGUACCUGUUGCUGAUCAAGAAUUUUUAAAUGAAUUGAUAGAACGAUCUGUUUAUUGUAAAGGUUUUCCAAAAACAGCUACUAUGGAUGAACUUUUAGAAUUUGCUUCAACCUUUGGUGAUCAAGUGAUAACUAAAGUCACUCCUCGGAGAUUAAAAACCAAAGAAUUUAAAGGUACUCUUUAUUUUACAUUUAAUACUAAAGAACAGGCUGAAAACUUUUUAAAACAAGAAUCUAUCAAAUAUAAUGAUGUUGAAUUGGAACGUAUGUGGGAAAAAGAUUUUCUUGAACAAAAGAAAAAAGAAUAUGAAGAUAAACAAGCUAAGAAAGAUCAAAAAAUAAAGGCUGAAACUGAAAAAUAUUUUAAAAAAGGAUAUUUACUUAAAGCUGACAAUCUUGAUGAAUCUGUUACUGUUGACAGUAUCAAAAAUGUUUGUUUAGAAUUAGAUUGGCAAGUUGCUUUUGUUAAAAUUGUAAGUGAAGAAAAAGUUGCUUGGAUUCGAUUAAAGCCUGUUAAACUAGCAAAAGACUUAUUAGAAGAGAUAUCUGAUAAAAAGGAAGACUUGAGUAUUAAUUUAUCAUUACCAGAGGAAGAUGUUGAACAAUCUGUGUUAAAUGAAAUGACAAAAGAAAUGAAAGGAAUAAUCAACAUGAAAGAUAGAAUGAAAAGGGAAAAAAACAAAAAUAAAGGAGGAAAAAGAUAUAAUAAACGAAGAAAUGAUGAUAAUGGCAGUUCAGCAAAACGAAUUAAAACAAAUGGCAAUUAAUUUAUCCUCAUUUUUUUUGUUAUAACUGUUUUUAAACAUUACAACUGUACUAUAUUUACACAUGUUUGAAUUAAAACUUAACUAUUUCAAUUAAAAUAAUUUUAUUUUCAAUA